AUGAGCAACGUGGCCGUCAAUAGCUACACACGGCUCUCGAGAGACAAACGUUUUAAGUGCACAACGUGUAACAAGAUGUUCACACAAAACGGAAAUCUGAAAAUACACCAACGAACGCAUACGGGCGAGAAACCAUUCGCGUGUAAGUUGUGUGCCAAAUCGUUCACCACUUCAUCAACUCUGCGCGUGCACCUGCGUAAGCACACGGGCGAAAGACCGUAUCUGUGCGAAAUCUGUGGCAAGUUAUUUUCCGUCAAGAGCACUCUGACUUGCCACCUUUGGAGACACCUCAGGAAGAAGCAGUUCGUGUGCCACGAGUGCGACGAGUCGUUCGCCACCAAGACAAUUUUGACAAACCACCGCAGGACGCACUUGGGCCAAAACCCGUUCCCGUGCCGCAUGUGCAACAUGUCGUUGGCCACAAAAACGGCUCUGACAGUGCAUUACCGGAUACACACCGGUGAGAAACCAUACUCUUGUACAUUUUGCAGCAUGGCGUUCACUCAGCAGGGCAGUUUGACCAAGCACUUAAGGAUUCACACGGGCGAGAAGCCGUACAAGUGCGAGUUUUGCUUCAAGACGUUCGCGGUCAGCACGACUCUGACCAAUCACCGGCGGACGCACACGGGUGAGAGGCCCUUUAAGUGCGACUUUUGCUACAUGUCGUUUGCCGCCAAAGGCACGCUACUUAAUCAUGGCUGGACACACAGGCGAUACAGGUGUUAUAUAUGCGAAAAGGUGUUCGGUAACCUCGACGUACUAAAGGAGCACCGGUUGUCGCACAAGGAUGGUGACUAA